ACUUUUACCCUACAAUACCUAGCCAUUAUUCCACUCCUAGGUAUUUUCCCAAGAGAAACUAAAGAAUAUGUCCAUAUAAGUCUUGUACACGAAUGUUCAGUUUUAUCUAUAAUAGCCAAAAAUUGGAAACACCCCAAAUGUCCACCAGCAGGUAAAUGAACAAAUUGGGGUACAUUCAUACAAUAGACUACUACUUGGCAAUAAAAAGGAAAGAAACUGAUACACAUCAUGGAGAAUGAAGGAAGCCAUACAAAAAAGGGUAUAUAUAAUAGGAUUCCAUUUAUUAAAAAAAAGUCAUAUGGCAUAAUGCCAGCAACUCCAACUGUAAGUAUUUGCAGAUCUACUCAUGAUUAGGUGAAAUGACAUAAACAAGGUGUAUAAAGUUCUAGAGUAGAGAAAUCUAAAGAGACCCAGCAAUAAAGACUAUUUAAAUGAAUUACAGAAUAUUCAUAUAGUGGAGUACUAAAGCUACAAAAGAAUGGAGAAACUCUUUAUACCUGAUAGGCAAAAAACUCCAAGACUCGCUAGUAGAAAAAGCAAGUUACAGAACAAUACCUAUAAUAUGAUACUUCUGUAUUCGUUAAGAGACAUAUAAUACAGUCACAUAUUCACACCUGUGGUAUAUAUGUAUAAAAUAGACCUCUAGAAGAAAUUAGUAAGGAGGUUCCUCAAAAAGUUGAAAACAGAACUACCCUGUGAUCAAGACUGUCUUUGAAGCUGUCCCUGAAUUUACAGCUGAGAGAACACAGCAGCCCAGAAAGCCAGGAGUGGACACUGUAGGAGAAAGGGGUUCAUCAUGGUAGAUGACCUAAAGUGAUUGUUGGAUAAAAAAUCAUCAGGUGUUGAAGAGCUCCAUGCUAUUGUUGUGUCACAUAAAGAUGAAGUGCCUGUUAUUAAAGUGGCCAAUGAUAAUGCUCCAGAGCAUGCUUUGAGACCUGGUUUCUUAACUACUUUUGCUCUUCCAACAGACCAAAGGAGCAAACCUGGACUUCCAAAAAGUGAAAGUAUCAUCUGUUACUGUAACACCUACUGGGUGGUUCAAGUCAAUUGUUUACUUUUGGUGGUGAGUUUCACAGCCAGCAGCAAUGCCAAUACAGGACUAAUUGUCAACCUAGAAAAGGAACUUGCUCCAUUAUUUGAAGAAUUGAGACAGGUUGUGGACGUUAAUCUGGCAGUUGUUUUGAUGUAUACCUUAACUUUCCUUAUAACAGACAUAUAUCAAUCCAGCAAUCUUUACAGACCAUAA